UAACACUAUAAUAUUCCUCGCGCCUCUUUUCUUCUAGUUUUUUUUUCUGCUGGUCUAUAUAAUCACACAAAAAAUAUUACUUGUUGAAUUAAAUAUUAAGUAAAAUUUUCAUUUCAAAACAGGAAAAAAAUUCACUUGAAUAGUGUGUUUUGAAAAAUUUAUAAAGAAAAAUACAAACUGUACAAAAAACAAAACAAACGAUGAACAACAAAUCUAUCAAAUUGAAAGAAAACAACGAGAAUUUGUGUCCAAGAACAAGAAAACGUUUACCCAGCAAGAGUUCAUCACAAACACCAAGUUGGAAAUUAGCCAAACUAGAUACCACUUCAUCGCCCUCGGCUCUUACUAACGAAUAUUUAGAAGAAAUGGGUAUUGGUAUGUUGGAUUCCGAAGAAAGUUCUUCAUCGGCCGCCUCGGCUAUUGCUUUGCCAACAGCUGAUGAAAAUUCAAACGAAGCAACACCGAAUCUUGAUGCACCGAAAUUUUCACAUCAACAAAGACAAAUUUAUCGUAAUAUGGAUACUUCUAUAUUAGAUGCCACCACAGACAAUGCGAGUAAUCAUAGUUUUCUAGAUCCCAAUGAUACACAAGCUAAAUCGACAAUUUUAAAUAACAACAACGGACAGCAGCAGCAAUUACAGCAACAUAGAUUAAACAUGAGCAGCAAUUCAAAUUCAUCUUCUUCAUUUGACAUUUAUACAGACGAACAGUUACAACAACAACAAACAUUACAAAAACUAAAAACAACAGCAAUGGACAAAUUUCAAUUGCCACAUAAUACUGCCGGUGUAACAGCAUCAGGUUCACAACAACAAAAAAAGAUAGCUAUACUGGGCGUUGGUGCCGGUAAUAAUCAUAAUAGUAAUUCACCAUCAAGUGGAGGAAAGAAUACAAGAAGUCCUUUGGCUACAGUAGCUUGUAAUAGCUUUUUAAGAAAUACACAACAGCAGCUAUUACUGCAGCAGCAGCAAUUGCAGUUGCAACAACAGCAGCAAAUGCAGUUACAGCAACAGUCGACAUUUAUGAAUUCUUUACCCCAAAGAGCUCAAUCGCCAUCAAUGCUGCCAUCGACCAGCCAACAGGCAGCUCUUGUAAAACAUCAACAGCCCCAACAUCAACAACAAAUGCAUAAUAAACUAUUUCAACAACAAUGCCAAUUGGUCCAACAGCAGCAGCAACAACAACAGCAACAUUUACAACGCUUUGUUCCUAAUGAAAAUUUCUUUUUAUUUCGCAAUCAGGCAAUGCGUGAACGUAAUCCCGAUGGCAAAGAUCACUUUAACACUCUAUCCGAUGAGAUUAUUUUACAGAUAUUUAAAUGGCUUCCUAAGAAAACACUUUUGCGUUGUGGCUAUGUCUGUCGUCGCUUCAAUAACUGUGCCAGUGAUGAAUCACUGUGGACACGACUCGAUUUGGGUGGCCGUUCUAUAAAACCGGGUGCAAUGGAAAAUAUUUUAAAAAGGGGUGUUGUUAUAUUGCGUUUAGCACAAGCGGAGCUUAAUCAUCCAGUUUUUGAAACACAUUUUCUAGAGACUGAACCUAGUUUUGAAGCCAAACUGCAGUAUUUAGACUUGAGUAUGGUAUCGAUAACCAAACCAUCACUAAAGAUGCUUUUAUCACGUUGUCGCCAAUUGAAAAAACUUAGCCUGGAACAUGUUGCUCUAAAUGAUGAAAUAUGCAAUGAAAUUGCUAAAAACACCGGACUUGAAGCCCUAAAUUUAGCCAUGUGUUCUGGUUUGGAAGCUUGGAGUGUUCGAAAAAUGAUGGAAACUUUAACACAAUUAAAUAGUUUAAAUAUUUCCUGGACUAAUUUAUCAGUCGAUGCUGUAACAUCAUUGGUAACCAAUGUAACGCCAAACUUAAUGCGUUUAAAUGUGGCUGGCUGUCGUAAAACUAUGUUUGAUUCACAUCUUGCCAGCUUAGCAAAACGUUGUACGCAACUGUUAGAGCUAGACUUAUCAGAUUGUACUGGCCUCACUGGCAAUGCUAUUGGUAUAAUUAGCAAAUUUAAAAUGCUCGAAUAUUUAUCCUUAUCUCGGUGUUACUUAAUACCUGCUUCUGCCUAUAUUGAACUGCGCAAUAUGUCUACUUUAACAUAUUUAGAUAUCUUUGGCAUGCUUACCGAUUCUGCCUUGGAAAUGUUAGAACAUACAUUUUCUAAAAUCGGUAUUAAUAAAUUUAUACACAGUUCUGUGGCUCGUCCUACGGUGGGUACUAGACGCACAUCCAUUUGGGGCCUUCGUACACGGGAUUAGUUUCAUAUAAAAUAUAAAACUAGCUUCGCUUUCUUCCAUUUGUCAACUUAUCCUAAUUUUUGAUUUUUUUUUUAAUUAUACAAAUGAAUGUUUUUUAUAUAUGCAUAUAUUUAAUUUAAUUUGUUAAAAUAUAGACUUUGUUCUUAUUUUAAUAUUUGGUUUCUUGUAAU